AUGCAAAGUACUACAUUUGGGAGGAACGAUACCUUUUUAAAAGGUGUUCAGAUGGAAUCAUCCGGAGGUGUGUCCCAGAUGAAGAAAAAUAGCAGAUUCUUUGGCACUGUCAUGGUUCUGAUGGCAGUUGACUAUGUGUCCAAGUUGGUGGAAGCUGUGGCUUUGACCACUAAUGAUGCCAAAGUGACAAGUGGACAUGUUGAAGUUUCCAACAGGGAACUUAAGAGGAUUCUAGAGAAGACCGUUAGUGUUUCAAGAAAGGAUUGGUCUAGGAAGCUUGAUGAUGCUCUCUGGGCAUACCGGACAGUGUACAAGACUCCUAUCGGCAUGUCCCCUUAUCAGUUGGUCUAUGGCAAAGCCUGUCACCUGCCAGUUGAGCUUGAGUACAAAGCUUACUGGGCAAUCUGGUAUCUGAAUCUUAAUUCAGAAGCUGCAGGAAUUAAACGAAUGCUUUAG